AAUAGAAUGCAUGGUUUAGGGACUACCUAAACUCUUCUCCUGGCCAUUGACGUUGCGUUUCCAUCAAACAGCUCCUCGAUGUAAUUCUCUAUAUCCUCAGGCUGAAACUUUAUGUACUUCUCCGUUUGCCUUCCCGGAUCCAAGACCUGUGAGAACCGAGCUAAGAACGACCUGUAUGCCGGAAUCAUCACCGCCUGUAUCGAAACUCUAAGCUCCGACUGCAGCUGUUCAUCGCUAACCACCCAGGUGCUCUGUGUCUUGUGAAUUUCAUCGAACUUCACAUUGAAGCUCUUGAACCUCUCCUUCAGCACUGGCUUCAUCACUUUCCCAU